UUCAUUGUUCGUUGUUCGCUCUUUAAGUUAAUUCCUGAAUUUACUUUGGACUGUCUCUCAGAAGUUAAUCCAACCACUACCACAAAAACCCUCAAAUAAUGGGCACCCCAUUUUUCUUUCUUCUUCUUGUUCCCUUAAUUGCAGAAUGUGCCCUUAUCCCAUCGGCUUCAGAUUUCGAGAGUAGAAUUGUGGGUGGCUACAGUGCGGCUCCUGGUCAAUUCCCAUAUCAAGCUUCAAUCCAAACUCCUGAUUUUGUUCACGACUGCGGUGGAUCCAUUGUUAGUGCUUCGUGGAUUCUUUCAUCUGCCCACUGUGCUAAGGAUAAAGCACCUGGAGAAACAACAGCCCUUAUUGGGAGUCACCUUGUUAGCCUCGGUGGGGUUCGGUAUGGGAUUGAGAAAAUUGUCCCCCAUCCCGAUUACAAUGCACAGAAAUUCCUCAAUGAUCUUUCAAUGAUGAAGACAGACAGCCCAAUCACCUUUACGGACCUCAUUCAACCGAUAAAGCUUCAAACAACCCCUGUGGGGAGUGAUAUUGAAGCUGUUGCUUCAGGAUGGGGGACUCUAGCUUACCCAGGAGCUUUUGCCAAUAAUCUCCAAUAUCUUCCCGUCACGAUAAUUGACAAUGAUAUCUGCAGCACCCUCCACACAUCAACGAAUGCAGCUAAGCUCUACCCCGGGGUUAUGUGUGCUGAACCAAUUAGGGGUACAGGGAUGUGCGUUGGGGACACAGGAUCACCCCUUGUGACGAAACUCGAGAGUACGGACAUUGGAUUUGUGCAAAUCGGUGUAGUUGCCUGGGGGGUACCAUGUGGGGCAAAUUACCCCGAUGUCUAUACCCGCGUAUCAGCCUACGUUCCGUGGAUAGCACAAGUUUCCGAUGCUUUCAUCAUAGAACGAGAAUAAAGAAAAAAAUGUGCCCGUGUAUAAAUUCCAGUGAAGAGUCAAUAAAACAGAGUGGAGAUUCUCUCAAAA